GGUGGCGCACUUUAUACCCAGACAAGAAAAGGUUAUUAAAGGGAUUAAAUAUUUCCCUCUAUUCUUAAAGAAGGCGAUUGAACUCGGCUUGAGCCGCUGUGACUUGUGCAGAAGAAUUGUUUCUUUUUUUUGGAAUUUCAGUUUAGAUUUUUUUGGAGAAGGAUAAGCGCAGACUGAGUUUGCUUGAGGGAGAGCAGCAGCGCCUGUCUGCAUUAGAGCCUCACGCCACAUCACUCCCCGAGAGGCAGAGCAGCUGGUCUCCGUCAUGGCUAAAGAAGGAGCAGAUAUGACAGAGGAAACCGAGUGCAUGAUAGACAAAAACUCCGCCAAAGAUGCGGGGAGCGUGGAAGCGCCCGGCGGUGGCAAAGAGAUGCGGGCGGUGAUGCUGGCGGGGUUCGGAGGGCUCAACAAACUCCGGGUGACCAAGAAGGCAAUGCCCGAGCCUCAGGAUGGAGAAGUGAAGAUCCGCGUCAAAGCCUGUGGCUUGAAUUUCCUGGAUUUGAUGGUACGUCAGGGGAAUAUUGAUAAUCCGCCCAAACCCCCUCUGGUUCCUGGAUUCGAGUGUUGUGGAAUAGUUGAGUCAGUGGGUGAAAAGACAAAAGGAUUUGAGAUAGGAGACAGAGUUAUGGCUUUUGUCAAUUACAAUGCCUGGGCUGAGGUGGUUUGCACACCGGUGGAUUUUGUCUACAAGAUGCCGGAUGAAAUGACUUUUCCGGAGGCAGCAGCUUUCUCCCUGAACUUUGUGGCGGCCUAUAUGAUGCUAUUUGAGGUUGCCAACCUGCGAGAAGGGAUGUCAGUGUUGGUCCACUCGGCAGGAGGUGGAGUAGGUCAGGCUGUGGCUCAGCUGUGUGCCACGGUGCCUAAAGUAACUGUUUUUGGGAUCGCAUCUUGCUUCAAACACUCAGCCAUCAAAGACUCCGUCACUCACCUUUUUGAUAGAAAUAUCGACUUCAUGCAAGAAGUCAAGAAGAUUUCUCCGGAUGGUGUUGACAUUGUACUGGACUGCCUGUCUGGAGAGAACACCGGGAAAUGUCUGAGUCUCCUAAAACCACUAGGGACUUACAUUCUAUAUGGCGCAUCAAACACGGUAACUGGGGAAACAAAGAGUUUCUUCAGCUUUGCAAAAUCUUGGUGGCAGGUGGAGAAGGUUAAUCCAAUUAAACUUUACGAGGAAAACAAAGUUAUAGCUGGAUUCUCGCUUCUCAACCUCCUCUUCAAACAAGGAGGAUGUAGUCUUGUGAAAAAGGUGAUGGACAAACUCCUGUGUCUUUAUGCUCAGAAGAAGAUCAGGCCUGUAGUGGACUCUCUGUGGGCUUUGGAGGAGGUUAAAGAAGCCAUGCAAAGAAUUCAUGACAGAGGAAAUAUUGGAAAACUCAUCCUGGAUGUUGAAAAGUCUCCCACUCCCCUGAUGGCCAGCGACAGCACAGAGACCAGCGAAGCAGGAGAAGAGGAAGAGGAACCUGAGGGAGAUAACGACAACAAGGAGCGAAUGCCUUUCAUCCAUUAGAGAGAGCACUGUAACAUGCCCGAAAGACUGAAGAAACCACACCUCCUAAAAAGUGUGUAUAUUUGUCUGCAUGUGCUGCAUGCAUUACUGUAUGCACAGUACACAUUAGUGCCUGUUUGUCUGUUAUCUAGUGCCUGUCAAAUGGUCGCUCAAGCAAAGAGUAGAGGAAGAGUAGCAACCUGCUUGUGAAGUCAGUUAAAGAUUGAUUCUGAAGCCAGUGUUACAGUCUCUGCUGCACUAUGAUGCCGUGUGAACAUGUUUGUGUGCAUUUUAGCGUUAACUGCAUUAGCAGGUAGUCUGCUCAAAAAAAUACGCAGAAAAAGCAUCUGAAGCUGUCCUUUUGCUGGUAAAAUGCAUACAUGUUUUUGUCGUGAUAAAGCAAAUCAAAACUCAGUUUUUAAGCAACUUAAUUGGUACCAGUUGUAGCAAACAUUUGAAAAAGAUCAGAAGAAACAGCUCCAAUGCCUUAAUGUGUCUUAGCAAAGGAGUUGUUCAGUCAUUGAUGGGCAAACCAGAGGCAUGACAGGUUUUACAUGCAAAAGCCACAUUUCCAUUCUUUCAUGGACUUCUUUGAAAUACUCUGCAGGGAAGGACAUGUAGGUCGAUAAAACUUAACUUUUUUGCAUGAAUCUGCUGUAGAUAUUUAUCACAUUAUGAGACGAUUUAAUCGUAGAUGCCAUAAAUAAAUGUAGCUGUAUGUAAUGAUGCUUGCUUUGGCAUUAUUACCAAAAAGUUAAAGCAGCAUGCUUCAUCCGUUCAUCUCAGUCUCUUUUAUGACUUUCUUCAAGCAAACGUUUUAUUUUAGCGUGCUCAGUAAUUGCAAGUUAUUAACUUCUUAUGUUCUCAAACUUUUUUUUUGAGUCCCCUAAGAAAUAAUUGACACUUUCCCCUCCUUCUUUUGCUAAAAUCACAUUUUUAUAAAACUGGAAGUUAGACUGCUCUUGUUGCUUCAUUUCCCCUCUUUUAGUAGCAGCUUUUGAGCAAUUAGUGCUUUUGAGACCAUUUAAACAAAUUCAUUUUUAAACUACACGGAAGUGUUAUAAUUCUAUUAAUACCUUUUUUAAUUGAGUUAACAUGCUAACAGUGUUUAUCAAAGUGUGUGUAGAAAUCUGAGAUUGAUAUUUUAAGAAAACUUGUGCCUUCUAAGGAAUAAGCAUUUAAUAUUACAAAUCCUGCCAGUGUGUGAUUUUACAUUAUAUAAACAUUAGGAAUAUUUUAGAAUAAAACAUAUAGGCUAAUAUCCAAAUAAAAGUGCAGCAUAUUAGCUAGAAAUGACUUAUAAAAACAGGAGAAAGUGCCAUAAGGAGCCUUUGCAGUAUCAAUAUAUCAUACAGAUGAAGCCCAAUGCAAACCAGAAAUGUUGAUUAUGGUGGAACUUUAUAUUGUAAAUGUUUGUGCUGCACCAUUUGUGCACCAUAUCUUCUCAAUAGCGAGGAUGUUGUUGCAAAACUGCCCCUGCGACUCUGUUGAAACGAGGAUCUUGUUUUUUUGGUCAUUUCCUCUUUUGACUCCACCUGAUGCAACCAACUAACCUCACAUUUGUUCUUCAGCAUUACUAAAGUCACCAAACCUGACAUGUUUAUAUGCUUUUGUCCCUAUUACCAGCAAUUUGGAAAUUUGAAACAAAAGAAACUUCUGGUGUUUUUUUUGUAAAUCAAAUCUUUUCUAAUGUCAUUUCAGCACCAUCCUCUGAUAGCAAGGAGACCCAAAUGCAUUGAGAGUGUGUUAAAAAAUAAGCCUUGGUGCUGUAGGGGCAGAUGGUAGAAAAAACAAAACCGGAACAGGUCACAGAGCUAAAACGCAGAGAGUUUUUGGUCUGACAUUGAAACUUUGAAAUGAGGAAACAAAAUAACUGCUGUGUAUUAGUGAUGGGGCAUGAAACUUACAGGUCAACAACAAAACCAAGAUGAAUCACUGACAUGCUGUAACGCUAAAAGAAACAUCCUGAGACAAAAUGCAUAACAAGGAUAUGGAACGAAACUGAACUCAUAAAACUCACCAAUCCACAAACUUUAAUACUCUGUUUUUGUAAAUUAAAAUUGUGUAGUUAAAAACAUAACAAUUUAGAAUCAAUUUUUCUCAAACCUAAAAAAAAAAAUGUCUUGAAUACCUUGAAAUGCUGUUCUUUCUCCAAAUUCAGAGUAUCCUGACGGCUGUGAACUGUAAGAAAGAUUUGGUUUAUAACCCAAAAUGCCAUUUUAACUUUCACUGGCCUAGCAAACCUUAGUGUACUAUAAACUACUUCACACAGAAAAUAAAUUUAAAACGUGUUUUGCUUUAUUAUUAUGUUUUUUAAGCUUCUGCUUUACAAAAAACUCUGAAAUCUAAAAAUAAACCAUUGUUCAUUUAAUUCACAGAAGUGAGUAAGAAAGAUAAGACAGUGUUGCUUAUUAAUAUGAUCAAAUGAUCUUGAUAUAGUACUGACACUUGAAAUACACUUGAAGUUCAAAGCCUUUACCAUCGUGUGUGUGUGUGCUAAUGUGUGUGCAAAUGCGUUUCAGAUGUCUUUGGUUUACCUGCUGUGUAUUUUUUGUCACAGCUUUUGUUGUGUACUCUCUAUUCACUUUGAAUAAAAUUCAUCUGCAAAGUAUAG